CCCCUCCCUGGCGGCCGCUCGUAGCGUUCGGCCCGGGGGGCUCCCCAAGGUUCUAUCCGCUCGCAACGUUCCACCCCUCCCCCCUCGCUCUCCUUCCCUCCCCCCCCCGCGAUCGUCGCAACGUUCUAUCCCCUCCCCCACCCUCCUCCCCGGAUUGUUGCAACGUUCCAUCCGCUGCUGCCGCCGCCGCCCGCGACGCUUCCCCGGGGUCCAGGCCGCGCUCGAUCGGCGGCUCCGCCGGCUCCCCCCUCACGUGUCCCGGGCUCCCAGCUGGGGAAGAAGGGAGGGGAAGAGGGGGAAGGGGAGGGGGGGAGAGGAUCGCUCUCGCUCUCCUCCUCACAUGACCCGAGUGUUUGUCCCCGUGAUCAGCGCCUCGGCUCCCGUGUCUCCUCCGCGUCCCCUCUGCCUCCAUCCGGCGUGAGAUUUAAACUCACCCGCCCCCCUUCCUCUCCCUCUUCUCCUUCCCUCCCCCCCGCCCCGGCCUGGUGCUGAGGGGCCUCCCCACCCCUCUCCUUCCCCCCUUCCCCUCCCCCCUCCCCCCUCUCCCCCCAUGGACAUGCUGGAUCCCGGCCUGGACACAGCCACCGCCUCCGCUGCUCCCAGCCACGAGAAAGGACAAGAAGUUGAAGAAGGAGUUGAGCUGCAGGAAGGGGACGUCACGAACGCCGAUGAGCAGACAGCAGUGGCUAUUGCUAGUGUCCAGCAAGCAGCCUUCACAGACCACAAUAUCCAGUACCAGUUCCGCACAGAGAACAAUGGAGGACAGGUGACAUACAGAGUGGUCCAGGUGACAGACAGUCAGCUGGAUGGACAGACGGAUGCAACGGGAGCCGUCAGCGUGGUCUCGACAGCCGCCUUCACCGGGGGCCAGCAGGCUGUCGCUCAGGCUGUGAUCCAGAACCCGUUCAGCAAUGGCGGAAGCCCGGCCGCAGACGCAGUCAGUGGGGAGGCCCGCUUCGCGUAUUUCCCUGCCUCCACGGUGGGGGAUGCCACGGCCGUGUCAGUUCAGACCACAGAUCAGUCACUGGCACAGGCUGGAGGCCAGUUCUAUGUGAUGAUGACCCCCCAAGAUGUGUUGCAGACAGGGACGCAACGCACCAUCGCUCCUCGCACGCACCCGUACUCCCCGAAGAUGGAUGGGACGCGGACACCCCGCGAUGAGAGGCGGCGAGCCCAGCACAACGAAGUGGAGAGGAGGAGGCGGGACAAAAUUAACAACUGGAUUGUCCAGCUAUCGAAAAUCAUUCCAGACUGCAACACUGACAACAGCAAGACGGGCGCGAGCAAAGGGGGCAUCCUGUCCAAGGCCUGCGACUACAUCCGGGAGCUGCGCCAGACCAACCAGCGCAUGCAGGAGACCUUCAAGGAGGCCGAGCGGCUACAGAUGGACAACGAGCUGCUACGGCAACAGAUCGAGGAGCUGAAGAACGAGAACGCCCUCCUCCGAGCGCAGCUUCAGCAGCACGGCAUCGAAACCGUGGGCGACACCCCGGGGCAGUAACCGCUUCUUCACCACCUCGUCCUCCUCGGCACCGGAUCGCCGCCCUUCCCCCACCUCCUUCCCUCCCUUCUGCCCUCUGUCUGGUGCAAAGAGAGCUCCCCGUGUUAACACCGCGCGGCCAAACUCGACCCGGGGGGGCGCUGAGGUGGCAGCUGCACGGCAGGCCCCUGUUUUGCUGUGCCCCCCUCCUCUGAGCCCCACCGGCCCCCUCCCCCCCCAUAGGAAAUAUUAAGAUUAAAGCAAACAAACUGCGUUUUUUAUAGUAGGUUUUUAACACAGGAUAGCAGCCCUGGGACAUCCAUUUCCCUCCCCCAGCCCAGCUAUGGGUUCAAAUCCUCCCCCUUCUGGCUUAAAGUUGUAGCGUCACAGUGGCCCUUCCCCGUCCAAUCCUUCCGUUCAAGCCGCGGUGUGUGUCUCGCUCGGCUGCCGCCAUGUGGCUCCAGCUGCCCAUGUCUCUCAAGGCAGGUAGCUACAUGGCCAAAGCAUUGGGGGUGGGGUUCUGUUACUGCCCUCCCCCCCCCCCCCGCCUCCCGUUUUGGACACCCGGGGGGGUGGUAUUUUUCCUCUGCAGGCAACAAACCUCUGAAAAAUCACACCCCUUUGAAAAUGUAGCAACUUGGGGGGUGGGGGGGGCAGGAAUGGGGCCAUCCCAAAUCACUAGCCCAGUUUGGCAAGUUCUAGCCAGCUGGCGUGGCUCUGAUUAGCUCGAAUCCACUCGUGUCUCACCAGCUGAGCAAUUCAGUUAAUACCCUUGUGGCCACCAGACCUUCCAAAGGUGGCUAGCGAGUUUGUAGCUCUUAUUUUAUUUUAUUUUUUUUUUUCCCCCUGCCUGUCAAAUCACAGCUACCUUUUCCAAGAGGUCUGACUUCCGGGGGGGGUGGGGGGGAGCUUUCCAAAAAACCCCUCACGGCAUCUCAUGUCAGGCAGCCGGAAAAAAGUAGAGACACGCAACAUUGCUAGCCCGUUCUCUUCCUAAAACUGUGGCUGUCCCAUGUGUCCAUUCAUCUGAUCUGUUCUUCAUCCCUCUUUCUCUUGUAAUUAUGUUUUGAACAGAGGGAGGUCCCUCUUUUAUUUUUAUUUUUUUUGUAAUUAAUCUGUAUUUUAUUUUUUAGUUCCAAAUGCAUUUGUAUAGAGGUACGUCACCUGUAUCAUAACUUGAACCCGGAAAGUUUAAUAUUUACCAAGGUCGACUAAAUGCUUGUUUUCUGUGGAGGGUUUUUGGCAGAUAUAUACCUAUAUAUAAUUUUUUUAAAAAAAAUUAUAAAUUCAGCGGUCGAUUUCACUAUCUUUGGCUCAGAAUCGGGAGAUCUCUUCAAUUCCCUUUUCUCGCAAUCUUCAAUUUGGCUUUAUUUCUCUUCUCGAAGCACGAUAUUUUUUUGGCUUUUUGGGUUGGUUGUUUGUUUUUUAAAUAAGCAUGGCUCUAAAAAAACCAAAAAUUCGCAAAACCCAACAAAAAAAAAUUUAUAAUAGCGAGCUUUUAGCUUUGGGGUUUUUUUUUAUAUACUGGCAAAAAAAAAAAAAAAAAAAAAGAGAAGCAAGACUUUCCGCUGGAGUUGGAAAUAUUGUGUACCCUUUUUGUCCUGGUCCCCACGGAACGUAAGAAUGAAUGAAUCAAGGAAAGAAAAAAAGGCAAAUCAGAUUUAAGGAAAAGAAAAGGAAGGGAAAAAAACGUGGAUUGAGUUGAAUUGCAGAGUUUGAAUGUUGGAAAGUAGGAAAUUAAUUCUGUUUAUAUAUAAAAGAGGAAAAAACUGCACAGACAUAA